GAGAGAGAGAGAGAGAGAGAGAGAGAGAGAGAGGUUAUAGCAGUCUGAGGGAGUCCCGGAGCUCCAGCAGACUCCGGGCAGUUUCUGGACCACUUUACCUAGACGAUGGACCUCAUAUUUGAGGCAUUCUGCAUGUGGAGCGGUGGGGGGUGGUAAAGGGAGCCAGUAACUCUCCUCUCCGCUCUGCUUCAUUUCCUUUUCUCCUCCGGCUCCGAAAGCUGUGGAGCUACUUCAACGGCAGCUCCGGAGCAGCGCGGCCGGCGGGGAGUGUUUGAGGAAAGAUCCGGAGGGAGGACGCAGGUCCGCUGACCGCUCCUGACCUAAACUUCACUGCCUUCCUGGAUGUUACGUUCUGGCGCUUACACAUUGAACAUAAUGCCACCGGUCAGCGGGAAACCGAGAGAGAGCAGCCCGGAGCCGCAGCGGGAGCGGGAGCGGGAGCUGGGAGCGGACACAGCGGGCAGGAUGCGGACUCUGUGCCCGGUGUGAGCGCAGUGUGCAAAGAGAAGAGCUGAGCGGCUGGAUGUGCAGCCGCAGGACUAACAGUUCCCCUGGAGGUAAGAUCGGGAGAAUAUAAAGCUCUCGGACUUCUCUUAACUGCGCGUUCUUUUUUUUUUUUUUUUUGGAGAGGAAUCAUUAGUCUAGCACAACUCUCAAAAGAUGAACAAUUUGUCAUGAACACGCAGACUAAACGGGUUUUUAUGACAUUCUCUUGGUUCUUUAAACAUCAGUGCUUCUUUUAUUACUGAGCAAAGAUAACUGUAAUAGGCUGUGAAUGAGGUUAAGGUAGACAGAAAUGCCUCCUGGUGAUCCUUUGAGUGCUGCGCGCUCUCUGAAGCUCUGGUUCGUCCCCCAAACUGGGACGCUGCUGCUGAACAACAUAGCCAGUCUUCUUCCUCUUCUUCUUUAGGACUUUCUGCAGGUCUAAGAUGAAUGUAGGCUGUGCAGCAGGAUUGAAGCCAAAGAGCCGACCGAUAAAAACCGUGCUGAGGUCGGGGUCACCGUAAUUGGACCCCCCCCAACAUUACAUAACUAUUGAAGUGCCUUGGCCACAAAUCAAUGCAAUCUGUCAAUUGGCUGCUGCCUGGUGCUAUUUUAUUAAUCAUCGCCAGUACCCAGCGAACAAGCACCAGUAAUACAUAAUUAUCACUUGACUGCAGGGGUGCAUUGAGUUAUAGGCCCACAAAGCUGCAGUUUGUGAAUGUUUUUUAGGAAUAGAAGUCUUUUUCCAGAGCAGGUGCUGUUCACUCUCUGAGAUCUCUCUACUUUGUUUUAAUCUCAUGACCUUGCCUGCUCGGUUGCACCUUCCCUCACUGUAAGAAACCCUCAUCGAUCUCAGUUUUGUCCCUGUGUGAGGAAUUUGUCUCAUCUUAUCUGUGCUGACAGGCUGUGUUCAUCAACAUCCAGCUCUGCUGCUCUUCCUUCAGUGAGGUUACACUUAAUGAAUCAAGAGAGGAAGGAAUGCAGUCCAGGUUUGCAGAAAUGAAGAGCACUUAUUUGACUUUUUGGCAAAUCUACCUCAGAAAUACUUUAACCUCCAUUAACCUCUCCAUAAAUUCUGCAUACUAUGAGGCUGAGCAUUGUUCUGAUAUGUACAGCAGUGUCUAAAAGCAUUCGAUAUAGCUGAAAAUGGUGGAUCAGGUGUUGUCUAGAAUCAAGUUUUAUCUUGUUUCUCCCAGAAUCAUCUCAGAUAGUUUCUGUGUGCAGCCUGCAUGCAGCAGCCACCUGGAACUCCUGUCUGUUCACCAGGAUCAACAAAGAUUUUAAAUUUGGUCAUGCAUGACAUGACAACGGCAGCACUAAGGUCAGAGUAUGGGCUAUGGAUGAUAAUUAUUGAACCAGAAACAAGAAAACAGCCAGUAGACCAAGAACAAGGACUCUGAAGGUCAGAGCUGUGUGUUUUAUUUUGAAAAUAAUAAGGGGCAAAAACCCUUACCAAGUUUUAUUUUUAUAUUUUUUAUUAAUUUAAUUUACUAAAAAUAAUAAAUUAAGACAGAGGGACUGUCACCCAAUACUAAAGUCAUAAUAAGCUUUUCAAAAUGAAAUCCCAGAGUACAGAAUAAAAAGAUGCUUCUGUACUUUAUUGUUGUUUUUGGUUCAAAUCAGAGAGAAAACAAGCUGUUCUCUAGUUUCUCACUUAUUUUCUUACUUUUGUGAUAUUUAAAAGCUUUGCUCAGAGCCGCAGCAGAUCAGAUAGUUUCCUGUUAAAACUGGUUUCACUGGCAAUCAGUAGAAAGGAUGCCAAUUUGGCUGCUGUUGAUGUUAGCCAAUCAGCUUUUAAAGGAUCUGAUUUUUUAAAGCUUAUUGUUUAUGACGCUGGAUGACCUGCAUCAAAACGAACUACAGUGGGAUGCGAAAGUUUGGGCAACCUAGUUUAUUUUCAUGAUUUUCCUUCAUAAAGGAAAAUUAGGAUUAAAAAAAAUCUGUUAAAUGUAUCAUAUAGGAGACAAACACAGUGAUAUUUGAGAAGUGAAACGAAGUUUAUAGGAUUUAAAGGAAGUGUGCAAUAAAUAUAUAUAUAUAUAUUUAUCUAUAUAUAUAUAUAUAUAUGUAUAUGUAUGUAAAGAGAUAGAUAGAUAGAUAGAUAGAUAGUUGAAGCCAGAAGUAACAUAACUUUUUUUCCCUACUUUCUAACAUUAAAUCAGAUUAAACCUUUACUUUUUUGGCCAAUUAGGAUUACCAAAAUUAUUUGGUAUUUCUCCUGACAGAACUGGUGUAACUGAGCCAAGUUUGUAGGCUGCCUUGCUUGCACAUGACUUUUGACUUCACAAAGAUUAGGGCUUUGUGAUGGCCACUUCAAAACAUUGACUUUGUUAUUCUUACGCCACGUUGUAACCAGUUUGGCAGUAUGCUUAGGAUCACUCUUCAUUUGGAAAACUCAUUUGCGCCCAAGCUUUAACUUCCUGGCUGAUGUCUUGAGAUGUUGCUUCAGUAUUUUCAGAUAAUGUUCUUUCCUCAUAAUGCCAUCUAUUUCAUGAAGAAUAACAGUCCCUCCUGCUGCAAAACAACCCCACAACAUUUUGCUGCCACCCCCAUAUUUUACAGUUGGGAUGGUGUUUUCAGGCUUGCAAGCUUCCCCUUUUUUUCCUCAAAGUGUAACAAUGGUCAUUAUGGCCAAAAAUCUCUAUUUCAGUUCCAUCAGACCACAGGACAUGUCCUUAAAAAUUAAGGUCUUUGUCCCUGUGUGCAUUUGCUAACUGCAAUCUGGCUUUUUAUGUUUCUUUUGGAGUCAUGGCUUCUUCCUGGAAGAAUGGCCUUUCAACCCAUGUCAGUGCUGGACUUGUUUCACUGUUGAUAAUGACACACUCUUACCAGCUUCAGCCAACAUCUUCACAAGGGCUUUUGCUGUUGUUCUUGGAUUGAUAUUAACAUUUCAGACACUUUAAGCACUGGGACGCAAAACCCGUCUCCUCCCUGAGUGGUAUGUUGUCUGGACAUUCCCAUGGUGUUUAUACUUGUGUACAAUUGUUCGAACGGAUGAAGGUGGCACCUUCAGGUGUCUAGAAAUUGAACCCAAGGAUGAACCAGACUUGUGUAGGUCCACAGGUCUUUUCCUCAUAUUUCGGCAGAUUUCUUUUGAUUUUCCCAUGACGUUACACAAAGAAGCUGUGUGUUUCAGGUGUGCCCUAAAAUUCACAGGUGUGCCUCUAAUUAACUCAGAUGUUGUCAAUAAACCUGUCAGAGGCUUUCAAAGACAUGAUAUCAUCAUCUGGACUUUCCCAAAUUCCCAAAGGCAUAGUCAUCUUGGUGUAUGUAAACUUUUGACUCUAGAGAAAGUAAUAAAAAAAUGUCUAAAAACUUCUCUCUCUCAUUAUUCUGGCAUUUAGCAAAUAAAAAUAAUUGACCAAAUAAUAAAAAUAAUUGACCAAAAACAGGAAUAGUUUAAUCUGAUUUAAUGUUAGACGGUGAGAAAAAAAAGGGUAUUUGCCUUAGUGUAUGUAAACUUCUGGUUUAAACUAUACAUACACAUAUUUUGAUGAUAAUAUUGAAUAAUACUGAAUUUCCUUCUGGGGAUCAAUAAAGUUCUUCUUAAUACUCACUAAAAUCAAUGUCAAAUUUUGCUACAGCGAAAAAUCUGAUAUUUGUGAUCCUUCUGUUCCAGACACACAGAUACACAUACUUUCCUCCUGCUCCUUUCCCUGCCCACCUCUUCCCCCCUUCUCAUCUCCCUGCUGUCCUCUCUCCUUUUGCUAUUCUUCUUGCUCUCUUCUCUUCUUCUCCUGUUCCUUUCUCUGUUCUCCUCUCUCCUCCUCCUGCUUCUCUCUCUGCUCUCCUCUCUCCUCCUGUUCCCCUCCCUGCUCUCCUCUCUCUGAUCUCCUCUCUCCUCCCGCUCCUCUCUCUGCUCUCCUCUCUCCUCCUGCUCCUCUCCUCUCCCCCAACAGCUGUCUGAUAGUUGGUACCUGUUGCACAGCAUGUUGGAGAUAGAGAAGUUGUAUCUUCCUGGUUCUCCAAACCUUGUCUCUGAUUGGUCUGAGCUGGUGCUGCUGAUAUUCAAGUUAGAACGCUGUGAGGGGAGGAGCCAUGCCCAUGCUCUGCUGUUCAGGAAGAGAGGGAGGGUGAGAUUCAUUUAGGUCAGCCUGUUCGGACUUUACAGUUAGUAUCAGUCACAGUACAGUUUACUUUUUCAGCUCAUGAGGAGGUGUCAGAAUUAUUGUCAGUCUGUUUCAGUGCUAGAUAAAAACUGCCCACAGGAGCUUUUAUAAAGAGGGACAAACAUGUAAAAAAAAUAAUAGUCUGAAGAAGAGGAUGGUUGUCUUUACAUGUUAAUUCUCACUCAAAGAUGUUUGAGCCUAAAGCAGUUAAGGACAGAAUCCAGGAGUAAAUCCAUGGAGAAAAAAUGUACCUCUAGUGUUGUCAGUGUGUUAUUUAAUGAAAGCUGCUCGAUAGCUCAGGUGUAACCGGAGGUAAAGAAACUUCAUUAAUUGUCCUUCAGAGCUGUUCUGAGCUGCAGUUUCUCGGUGCUCCUGUUUGAGCCAGUCGUCUCCUUUCCUGUUCACCUCACACCUCACUGCUCUGAAAAAGCUCCCGGCUGCUGCCUGUUAAUCCUCUGAAUUUGGCUGUUUUAUGAAUGCUGUGUUCACGUUUGCAGUUAUCACCUAGGGAAGGAGACAAAUUUGUUUUCAUUUUAGAUUAGCACUCACGUUAGUCACAUAAGCAUUCCACCAUUUCACCACACCUCUGCCCUCAGUAUCUUUUCAACAAUCCUUUUUUUUGCCUCUCUCUCACAGUGUGCCUGAGGAAUAUGUAACAAAUCUGUAAGUCAUUGGUAUGCACACAGCUCCCCUCUCUCAAUUUACAAUGCACCGCUCCAGCUUUGUGAGAGAGAAAUCCUUUGGCUUUGACUGGAAUGUUUUCUAAGGCCUGAUUUUUUCCUUUAUUCUUGUUUUGCAACAGGUUUCCUGGAUGCAAAUGUCAGGUGUGAGGACGCAGUAGUGCAUGACGUGAGGGACGAAGAGGACAUCUGAUGAAAAGCCUGUUGUGUGGUUCACGGCUCUGUCUGCAUGGGGGGCUCUGCUGGCUGGUAGAGAAGCAGAGAGGCUGAAAAUGUGAUGAAACAUCGUCUGGCUUUAUCACGCCACGGCCAGAGAAGGAAUCUAUUUGUUUAAUGAGACCGUUUCUUUUGUGAUGGGAAGAUUAGGACGUCUAAUUACCAAGGGAUUACUCAAGACCUGCUCCGGCAGUGGGCUGGACAUGGUGGUGUUAUUAAACCACUGUUCUGCUGGAUCUUUUCAGUCCUAGUUUCUUUGAGUUUGUUUUCUGGGUUGCAUUUUUCUGAAAUGGAGUUACAGCUACGUUUAUGGAGUAAGGACUGGGCCUCCUUUAUUAGGCCGUGGAUACCGAUACUGCUGGGCCUUCAUCUCCAGUUCUCCCGGGCCUCCAACUGUCCAGAGGAGUGCCGCUGUGAUCGAACCUUUGUUUACUGUAAUGAGCGCAGCCUGACCUCAGUGCCUCUGGGAAUUGGUGAGGGUUAUAAGAUCCUCUUCCUCCACAACAACCAAAUCAACAACGCUGGCUUCCCUUUGGAGCUUCACCACGUGGCAUCAGUGGAAACGGUGUAUCUCUAUGGCAACCAGCUGGAUGAGUUUCCCAUUAACCUGCCCAAAAAUGUUCGAGUUCUCCACCUGCAGGAGAACAACAUUCAGACCAUCUCCAGAGCCGCUCUCGCUCAGCUCCUUUGGCUGGAGGAGCUGCACCUGGAUGAUAACUCCAUCUCUACAGUGGGGGUGGAGGAGGGCGCCUUCAGGGAGGCCGUGAGCUUGAAGAUGCUCUUCCUCACCAAAAACCACCUGAGUAGUGUGCCUAUUGGUCUUCCUGAUGAUCUCAAAGAGUUGCGUUUGGAUGAGAACAGAAUCGCAGUCAUCGCAGAAGAAGCUUUUAGAAAUGUGACCCGCUUGCAGCGCCUCCUGUUGGACGGGAACCUGCUGACAGAUGAAGGAAUAGCACCCGGGACCUUUCAGGACCUUAUCACACUGAGGGAGCUGUCUCUGGCCCGAAAUUCACUCACCUACCCUCCUCCGUUCCUCCCAGGGGAGGUGCUGGUUAAGUUAAACUUUCAGGAUAACCAGAUGAACCAGAUCCCUGUGACAGCGUUUGCAGGGCUGCACAAGCUGGAGAGGUUGGAUAUUUCUAACAACCAGCUGCAGACACUGUCUCAGGGAGUGUUUGAAGGCCUGGUCAGCCUCCAACAGCUCACUGUCAGAAACAACCUGUGGCUUUGCGACUGCAGCGUCACGUGGGUGGUGUCGUGGCUGAAAUCCCUGCCGUCCUCUCUGAACGUGCGUGGCUUCAUGUGCCACAAACCAGAGAGGUUUCGGGGCAUGGUGAUCAGGGAGCUGAGCGCUGAGCUGCUGCAGUGUUCACAUAGCACCUGGACAACCCCCCUGCCCACCUCACCAGGUGAAUCUGACCUAACCCCCUCCUCCUCUUCUUUAACGGACCCUCCACUGCCCACUCAGUAUGUUUCUUCUUCCUCUUCUCCCAGGCGACCAUUUCCCACAUUCCCCUCUCUUUAUUCCACCUUUUCCACCAGAGGGGUAGGUCUGAGGACUAAGAAACCUCUCUCCCCGAGAAGUCAGAAUUUGCAGGUCAUGUUUGCGACUCUAAACGGAUCAGCGAUCCAUGUCAGCUGGGUGGCCACCUUUCCAGUCACCGCCUACAAGGUGACUUGGGCAAGGAUGGGUCCCAGCCUGACAGGGGAUACGGUCAGGGAGAGGAUAGUGGGUGGGGACCACCGGGGGAUCCGACUGGCUAAUCUCGAGCCAAAGUCCACCUAUCGGAUCUGUGUCAUCCCCCUGGAUGCUUUCAAUAACUACCGUCCCAAAGAUGACACAGUGUGCACAGAGGCCGUGACUAUGCUGGCGUCAUUCAGCCCUGAUACCAACAAGAGACCGUCAGGACCAGAGCAGGCCACCCAGCCAGAGACCAGCUCACCCUUCCUGCUGGCUGGGCUCAUCGGCGGGGCUGUGAUCGUUGUGCUCGUGGUCUUCCUCAGCUUCUUUUGCUGGCACAUGCACAAGAAGAGCAGCUCCAAGUCCUCCACCCAGUGGAAGUACAACCGGGGUCGGAGAAAAGACGACUACUGCGAGGCUGGCACCAAGAAAGACAACUCUAUCCUGGAAAUGACUGAGACCAGCUUCCAGAUAGUCUCGCUGAACAACGAGCAGCUGCUCAAGAGAGAUUUCCGCAUUCAGCCUAUUUACACUCCCAACGGGGGCGUCGGAUGCAGAGACUGCCCCCUGGGGAACAACAGCACAGUCUACUGCAAGAACAAUGUUCAGGAUGCAGACGUUUGUUGCACAUGAUGAUUUUUGGGAACAUCAGGAGCAUUUUUACAGACAGGAAUCCUCUUUUUCUGGACUCUGUACAGUGUUGAUAUUAUUUAAAUCCCUCCUCUUCUAGAAAUGUAAUUUAUACACGCAGUUGAACCCACCUUUUCUAUACAGAGACCUUUGAUUUGUAAGUUAUUCAUUUCUGGAGUCGUGUUGUUUAAGUUGUGUGCACACUGACAUGUACAAUCAGGAUUCAGUUAUUUUGAAGAAUCAGUUUUAGGUAAUUUUCAGUAGUUGUGAAUGAUUUAAACUCAUUGUAUACUGUAACCAAAACACAUCCACACUGUAGCAUCGUGAGGUGCUGAACCAGGAGGGGAGACAGAAGUCUGACACAUCACCAUGAGAGGGCGUAGUUUCUCAGAGUCCACCUCACUUCUCCUGUGACUGUUUUUUAUCAAGUCAUCACAGUAAUUUGGCACAUUUGUGUGAUUGCCACCACAGUCAGUAGAGAUGCAAAUUAUUAGAUUCCUGCUGGAGGAAAAUGACACAUUUUUAUGCAAAUGCCAUUUCUCUCUGCUUCAAAAUGAAAUCUAAAGGUCACACUCAUUAAACAUGGCAAAGAGGAGGCAUGCUGCUGCGUUCUCACCUGCUUUUUAAGAUUACAUUAUCACAGUUAGAGGAUCUUGUUAUCAGUGCUCACUGUGUUUUAUGGUGGGGUCACAGGAGAAGCAGCAAAAAGCACAUAUGUCAUGAAAUCGUAAACCACCUUGGUUCAACUCUUCUCCCUUAUUUUGUUUUUUAGCAAAAAUGACGUUACGGUAAACAGUAUAUAUAUAUAUGUGCCUUGAAGUUAUCAGCUUAUAAUAUGUUUUGAAUCCAUGUUUUUGCACAAACUGUAAAUACAUUCAACUGGAUGGUUGUUGGGGAAACUUCUUGCUCUUUAUUAUUAAUUACCUCAUUACAUUUUGAAUUAAAACAUAUCUCCAAAAGUGGAUUUAUUCCUG